UUUCCCGCCCUAACGCUGAAGCUUAAAACCCUCGACCCUUCAAAUUCGAAUUUCUCAAAAUGUCUCAGCCGAUCUCCGUCGACAUUCUCUCCGAUGACGAAGACGACGGUGGCAACGGCGGAUAUGGUUACUCCGUCAAGCAGAAUGACACCAUUGAUCUAUCGACGCCGCUGACAAUUCCAUUCAAAAAGAAGCAAAGAACCGAAAAGUCUAAUAAUUGGAACCCCACAGUUCUGGUAAUCGAAGAUGAUGAUGAGACGCCGUUUAGGCCUUCAAAGUCCACUCCUUCCUUCGUGGCUGAUACUCCCAUGUCUGAUUUAUCCAAACCUGAAGUCUCCUUUGUUAGAUGCUCAUUGGGUUCCUCUUCAAUUUCGGACCCUAAGUCUUCAUGUCUUGAUUUGACCCCAUCCAUGGUUGCUGAAACCCCGGCAUCAGAGCUUUCAAAAUAUAGUGUUCCAAUAGUCAGAUGCACUAAAGCUAAUGCUGUUUCGCAGAAUUGCUCUUCUUCAAUUAUAGACCACAACAAAGAUGGCGGAAUUGAUGGAGUAAUUUGUUUGGAGUCUGAUAAUGAAUCCGAGAAUAGUGGUUAUCAUGGUACCUGGAAGGAGGAGGAGAAAGUUUGUUCCACGGAGGCAGUUGUUAAGGAGACAGAAUGGAGCCCCAGACCUUUCGGGUCCACCUUUUCUCUUGGUAUUGACAAUUUUAUGCGAAUGCCAGAGGAUGUUUCUCAUCAAAAUUCGACUGAAGCCGGUCCUUCUCUGGACCAUGAUCAUCCUGAUGAAGAAAAUGAUUCCUUGGAGCCAAACGAUGAGGUCUCAAGACCAAAAAUCAAAGGUAAAGGCAAUAGAAGUAACAAAAGCAGCGGGGAUGCAGCAACUGGGAAAAUGAGGAUGUCAAAGGAAGAACAGCUACGCCUAAAGGAAGAAAAGAGAUAUCAGAAAGAGCAAGAGAAAUUGCAAAAGGCAGCCGAAAAGGCUGAAGCUGCUGAGCAGAAAAAGCUAGAAAAGGAAAAGCAGAAGUGGGAAAAGGGAAAGUUCGCACAUAAGUCUAUUGUAGCUCAAAUUGACACUAAAGUGGUGGAACUAGGUUCAAUUGGAGGCCAUUUGCUAACAAGGCUUGCGGAGAAAGGUCUUUCCUACCAAAUUAAAUCAAAUCCAAUUGAAAAGUCUAUUGUGUGGUCAAUGAGUGUCCCAGAGGAACUAUCUAAGAUCUCAUCUGAAGUUAUCGAUGUUCCAUAUGUAUUAUUCAUAUUUGAGGCCGAAGAGUUUUGCAACCUUGUGAAUAGCAAAUCAUUGCUGAGUCAUGUUUCCCGUGUCCAACGCCUUUAUCCUCUUCAUACAGUUUGUUAUCUCACAAACAAGCUUUUGGCAUAUAUCAACAAAAGGGAACAAGGACAAUACAAGGACCCUGCCAAUCAUACUGGUUGGAAACGACCACUUAUAGAGGAGGUUCUGUCAAAAUUAACAAUUAACUUUGUUAAGGUGCAUUCUAGGCACUGUGUCGAUGAAGCUGAAUUAGCUGAACAUGUAGCUGGGCUGACUUGCAGCUUAGCUUCUUGUCAGUUUAGAAACAAGUUAACAAGACUAUCUGUUAAUGCAAAUGGUUCUCUUAUUCCCAAGGGUUGCGUUGACAAGAACCAGAUAAAAAAGAGCCCAUGGUUGAAAGCAUUGGUAGCUAUUCCAAAGGUUCAGCCACGAUUUGCCAUUGCCAUAUGGAAUAAAUAUCCCACAAUGAAAUCUCUUUUGCGUGUUUACAUGGAUCCAAGUAAAUCGGUGCAUGAGAAAGAAUUUCUGCUGAAAGAUUUGAAAGUGGAAGGGAUGGUGUCAGAUGAUAGAAGAUUGGGAGAGAUUUGUUCAAAGAGAGUCUACAGAAUAUUGAUGGCUCAAUCUGGAAGCAGCAAGACAGAUGACAUAGAGUGUGGAGCUGAUUUCUUCAGUCAACAUUCUGCUGAAUGAUCUAUAAUCUUUUGUGACAUUGGUGGUGUUUGCCUAAUUUGUGCACACAUCGACUAAUUCAACGGACAUCUUGUCUGACCCACAGGCACAUGUG